CCUAAACCCUAGGCCAUUUACAAAUAACCCAUUGUUGAACCUACUAUUGGUCCUCCAUUUUUUGCCACACUCCUACAGCGGCGAAGUAGAUCUUCGUGUUAUCUUCCUCUCACCGAAUCAAAGUUUUCCUGGUCCUCUCCUGGUCUAUAAUUACUAAUGACAGUGACUUUUUUUUCCCUGUAAUUAGUGGUGUUUGAGGGAAAUAAUGGUUAGGGUUAGUGUGCUGAAUGAUGCUCUCAAGAGCAUGUACAAUGCUGAAAAGAGAGGAAAGCGUCAGGUCAUGAUUAGACCUUCCUCAAAAGUCAUCAUCAAGUUCCUCAUUGUCAUGCAGAAGCAUGGUUACAUUGGUGAAUUUGAGUACGUUGAUGAUCAUAGGUCUGGUAAGAUAGUUGUUGAGCUGAAUGGAAGGCUAAACAAGUGUGGUGUCAUUAGUCCUCGCUUUGAUGUUGGAGUUAAGGAGAUUGAAGGAUGGACUGCUAGAUUACUCCCUUCUCGUCAGUUCGGCUACAUUGUGCUGACAACUUCUGCUGGUAUCAUGGACCAUGAGGAAGCCCGGCGAAAGAAUGUUGGUGGGAAAGUUCUCGGUUUCUUUUAUUGAGUUUGUUAUGUUGACAAGGAUGAAAACAUCGUUUUUGCUGUUUGUUGGCUCUUUAUGGUAAAUUAGCUACUUUUUUUUGGGG